AUGUCUGAGUUUUAUGGUAAAAGUGAACGUCUUCUAGGGAAAGUGUUUUCGCUUGCAAACAAUCUUCCAAAUGGUGCUAUUAUAUUUCUGGAUGAGAUUGAUUCUUUUGCUGUUGCAUGUGACAAUGAAAUGCAUGAAGCUACAGGCAGAAUAUUGUCAGUCUUGUUGAGACAGUUUAAUCUUAUUCUGCACGAAAGAGUUGUGAAGGUUCACUUUUACAAGAACGGUUUCAAGCCUAAUUAUUUCAUUUGGGAGGAUCAUGGGGAAAGAAUGCCAGAAGAUGAUGUACAAAAUCAUGAAAGUUGGAUGGCUGUAGAGACGGAACGUGGUCAAAUUAACCAAUUUCAAACAAUGGAAGACAUGGUGCAUGAUGCUCUUAGGCAAAAUGAGUCGUGCCAAGCAUCUACUUCUAAUAACAUUGAAGAGGCUCCGAAUGAAGAAACACAAAGACUACAAAGAAUGUAUGCCUCAACACAAACUGCAGGACAAAUGACAUGGCACUACCAGAACAUGUCGACGGAUGGUGUUUUGCGUCAUCCAUGCGAUGGAGAGGCUUGGAAGCACUUUGAUAGAGUAUAUCCUGACUUUGGUAUUGAACCACGCAAUGUACGACUCGGUUUAUGCUCUGACGGUUUUAACCCAUAUGUACAGGCAUCAAAUAUACCAUAUUCAUGUUGGCCAGUUAUUGUCACCCCUUAUAAUCUUCCUCCAGAAAUCUGCAUGUCUAAACCUUACAUGUUCUUGACAUGUCUCAUUCCCGGGCCAUUCAAUCCAAAGGUUGGCAUAGAUGUGUACUUAGAGCCCUUGAUAGACGAAUUGAAGAAGCUGUGGACGAGUGUGAUAACAUAUGAUAUUUCAAGGAAACAAAACUUUAUUUUGAGGGCCAUGCUGAUGUGGACAAUUAAUGAUUUUCCUGCUUAUGGUAUGUUGUCCGGUUGGAGCACUCAUGGUAAACUGGCAUGCCCACAUUGCAUGGAGCAUACAAAGGCUUUUAGAUUAUAUCAUGGGGCAAAAAAUUUGUGGUUUGACUCCCAUCAGAGGUUUUUACCGAAUGACCAUGCCUUUAGGAGGAAUAUGAAUGCUUUCAAGAAGGGGGAAGUGAAGAUGGAUGACACACCACCAUAUCUUACGGGAGCAGAAGUUUGGAAUAGAAUCAAUGGUUAUCCUAAAAUAAUUGAAAAUGGUGCACCAAGAAUUGAUGGAUACAGUGAGUGGCAUAAUUGGACGAAAAAAAGCAUCUUUUGGGAUCUACCCUAUUGGAAGGAUAAUUUGUUAAGGCAUAAUCUUGAUUCCAUGCACAUUGAAAAAAAUUUCUUUGACAACAUCUUUAAUACUGUGAUGAAUGUUGCGGGGAAGACAAAAGACAAUAACAAGGCCCGAAUGGAUAUAGCUUUGUAUUGUAGACGAAAAGAUUUGGAGCUAAAAAGUCAUACCAAUGGAAACAUGUAUAAGCCAAAAGCAAAUUAUACACUUUCAGCAGACCAAACAAAACAAGUCUGUCAUUGGGUAAAAGCUCUUAGGAUGCCUUAUGGAUAUUCUUCUAACUUGUCAAGAGAUAAGUCAUUUCUUUAG